AUGUCAAAAGCACUAGCGGUCCUCAAGUUGUUUUUCUCGCUGGUGUCCAUAAACUCAACCGAGCAUCCAUUGUCAGCUAAUUCAAGUUCCACGGGCGCGGGAAAAAGCCCCUCUACUUUACCGACAACCACAAUAAUACCAAAGCCUAUGAUAGCGUAUGUUGGGCAGACCUUUCGAAAGCCUAUUCCUCAAGAGAUAGAAGAAGCCUUGGAAAGUGACAUUACAAACUUUCGCUUCACAAUGAAGACAUAUCAUUACGGAGACAUUCCCGCCUCGUCAUGGGUCCAGUUUAAUGCAAGAAAACGCGAAGUCUACGGUUUUCCUUUACCAGGAAAUGCUGGCAAAUUCUUUUACAAAAUGAUCGUUGACUAUAAGACAGGAGUGGCAGUUUUGAAUGUUAAUUUCGAGCUCCGUGUAGAAGCUAACAAAUUUAGCCACAGCCACGAACUGAUUUUAUCUACAGGAAUAAAUUUUCAUCAGUUUAUGACAAAGGCGGCUAUGAGAAUUAACUUUGCCACCAAGUUAGCAAGUUACUCUUUCAAUGAAAAACCCAAAAUAAUUUACUUAAAGUCGUUCGAUAGGGCGUCUAGGAAUCUAACCGUUGUAUUCAGUAACAUUCCUUAUUCUCCUUGUGAUGAAAACACGUACAAAAAGCUGAAAUCUAGUGUGAUUGACGAAGAAACACAGGAGCUUAACGAGGAGUUUAAGAAAGCGCUGACUAAUAGAUUCCCAGUCAAGAGCGCUCAAUUCAGAUUUUUUGGAGCCUGUGAUACGGACUUAUUAGGACCCGACCCACCUUUUAAGUGGGGCUGGCUGAAACACUUUAUAACAAUCGCCAUUCUCCUUGCUGUGGUCGGAGUUCCUGUUGGCAUUUCAUGUUUUGUGAAUAGGCGCAUGAGAACUAAGCGUCCAGUUGUACAAGAGAGAAGAACACUCCGUACCCUUCGUCCAAGGAACGAGGACGGAAUGACAAAUUUAACAUCGCACACUGUUCAUUUUAACAAUCGUUAUCCUUCCAUGCUGUCCGUCUCCAAUAACUCCAAAGAAGAUGGCGUCGGAGAGGACGAAAGAGGAGUCGGUGCCAAGGCAAAUGUCCCAAACGGUAGCCCCUCUAGUCGACAUUUGACGGUACCAAACUCGGCUGCAAAUCGCCCCAGACAGGGUGCCAGUGCCGCAACCGACAACAGCAAAAACUCUGCCAAUCAAAAAAACCCGUUUAAGUUUCCUUACAAUAGGGAUAAGGGAUCGUUCAAUGUUCGCGAAAUGUGGGACGAUGAUGACGACACCGAACGUCCCCCCCUUAACAUACCUACGUAUUACACGUACAGAAACACCGAAGAGGCAGAACCGUCCAUGCUAGAUGCGGUACUGGAUAUGAACUUCUCUGACAUCGCUGAAAACAUUUCUACCAAGAUAAAGGGUGUGAGGUCCAUGUUAAACAUCUCUCAAGCGGAGGCUGGCCAACAAGAGGAAACAAAGUCUACAACAGAGUCUUCAAAUCCUGAACCAAGUUUAUCGUCUAAAUUGAAAGGGAUUGGAAAGUCCAUGCUUAAUCUUUCUGCAGCGCCAAACGACAUGACAGGCGGGGCGUCUUCAACUUUAUCGGCCGCGCCUUCUCUUUCGAGCAAGCUGAUGGAUUUUGGAAAAUCUAUGUUGAAUCUUUCUACUGGCGCGCAGGGUGAGGAAAUGAAGGAAACACAAGAUAUACAAUACGAUGUAACCCACGAAGCUGCAUACAACGAAUCCGAUUAUGACGAUGAGUCAUACGUUUACAAGCCUCGGGAAUACAGAGACACACGAAGUGAGCGAGGUUAUUGCGAUGAUGCCCGACAUAGCUACGACUCGGCGCGAAGCGAGAACUCUGAAUUCCGUUAUUCUCUUGGUCGUGAAAGUAACACUUCUGAGUACGAGCUUUCGCAGUACAGUACCCCAGCUCACCGUCAACGCGCAUACUCCGGUAAUCAACCAAAAGCUGUCGUUGACCAUAACGACGGUUUUAGUUUCUUUCACAAUGAACCACAAGGUAAUAGAAAGUAUUCCAUGGGGAGCGACUUUGAUGAAUACCCCGAUUCAUUGUUUGAUGCACCCAGUGAGCUCAGUCAAGAUGAAAAGUCAGAACACGAAAAGUCAAUUUUUGACGCUGAUUUUGACGAGGAAACACCGUGUCUCGCCAAACCUACAGCCCUUUGGAAUCAUGCCCUCGCAGGCAAAGAUCGAAAUGAUCCCGAGAUAGAAACCUACACUUUAAAUGAAGUAAGGUAUCAAGAAUAUGUCAAUCCAUGUGCACAUCAGUACAGCAAAGGCCCCACCCGCGCGCAGCAUAGGAGGUCGUCUCUCAGUGGGUUAGGGACUAAUAGUUAUUCUAGCCAAUCAACACUCGAUUUUUGGGACGACGACGAAUUCAACGCGAAGACCAACUGGAAUCACCAACGAGCCAAAUCAAAGGACGACUUUUUCACUUCAUUCGGAAAAAGCAAAGGCGGAAUUCCAAACGGAACCAAACCACAGAGCAAAGCAAAGCAAGGGAACUCGCUUCUAUCCGAUGUUGGGUCGCUGUUCUCUCGGAAUACGAGAGACACCCGAGAGAAGCCACCCGUCGUGUUCACUCUCGGUGACGAGGAAUAUGAACAAGAGGAAUACAUCGAAACAGAUAAUUCUAUGGUCGGUCUGAUCAAAACCAGAGUUUCCAGCUUAUUGGAGCCAGACGGGAAUGUAUCGAAGUGGCUUUCAGGAUUUAACAAAAGCGAUAAAUCGGACAUUACGUAG